UAGAUAGGAUGUGAACAGUUAGCUGGCAUUUUCCUGAGCUGAAUAAAACCUAUUUUACACUACAGCCACGUGCAUGCUUCACCAGCCCAGAGCAAGCAGAGCUAGGAAAGCACAUUCAGAGAAAGUCUGAUUCGACUGGACGCUCCAGAUUCAUUUGACACCAUUCCAUUAAGCUUGACCAAGAUAAAGUGGAUACCCACAGCACGCAACAAACAGGGUCCCGGCCCGCUAUCCUAAAGUUAUUGCCUUCCAGUGUUGUUCACGCUCUCCAGUCGACUGUGGCGCGUGGGAGCAAUAUGCACCCACAGCGCCCAUUCACCCAGGCCAUGCCCUCUUCACUGGGCCGAAAUUUGAGAGAUGCGGCCCUGGGGAUGGGCCAUGGCAAGAAUCUGCUGGGUGGAAAUGUGGCCUAUGGGGUUAUCCAGUCUCUUAAAGAGUGCCUCUACUUACUGCUUUGUUGCUGGUGUAUCAAAGAAAUACUGGACUAA